AUGAACUCCGCACAACCUCCGGAUAUGUCAGGGAUGGACGUCUUGGGGAUGAACCUCUCAAACCCAAGUUCUCACUUGACAGCGUCUCAAUACGCUCACCCAUACGCCUCCUCUAUCUCCUCCUCCGCCUCCUCCUCCUCUUCAUCCGUCUUCUCUCUCGAUUGCGUCUCAUCGCAGAGUUCGAUAUCUUCGACAUCGACUAACCCGGUGGAUGCGACCUGGGAGAAUGAGGGUAAUAACCAGCUGGUGGGAAGAAAUCCGAACGGAGCUUGUGCCCGGGCUUAUGCCAAGGGACGUGCUCCCAAGGUGGACGGUGUAGUGCCACCCGAGUUGCGAACGCAUCCUCGGCGCACUAACGGUUAUUCUUCUAGCGCUCCCAGUGCUCGCCCUCCGCCAUGUCUGCUUCGGCAGUCGGAACGGAAGGUCAACUUCGUCGACAACCUCGUCGACACCGCAUCGCAGAUCGUUGAAACCAUCUGGCCCCUUUCCGCCGUGGCAUCCCGCAGUGAUGCCGCGACCGGUUCCAAGGGUGUUCUUCCUCUCCGCACAUUCAUCCAGGAAACACUCCGCCGCUCGCGUACUAGCUACAGCACUCUGCAGGUGGCCUUAUUUUAUUUGAUUAAGAUCAAGCCCCAUGUGCCCACGCAUGACUUCACCAAGGAGCAACCUCGGGAACAGUCGGUUUUGCGGGCGAUGCAGUGUGGGCGCCGGAUGUUUCUGGCAGCGCUGAUUCUAGCUUCAAAAUAUUUACAGGAUCGCAACUACUCCGCUCGUGCCUGGAGCAAGAUCUCUGGCCUCAACACUCUUGAGAUCAACCAGAAUGAGCUUAUGUUCCUCAAGGCCGUCGGAUGGCGCCUGCACGUUGAUGAAGCGACGUUUCAGCGUUGGACUGAUUUGGUCUUGAAGUUGACCCCUGGUGCCGGUGGACCCCCGGCUGCUGAAGGUCAGUGCUGGCAGACUGUUUUGCCCAGACUUACUCCUGAACUUGACUCUGUAGAGUCAGAGCCCAUGACCCCCGUCUCGGCGAUGGGUGGGAUGGAUAUUGGUCUGCCAGAAUCCCCGUCGCCUCGGAGCGUACCCAGCACUGGGUCAAUGCGUUCUUUGUCGUGCGAACAAUCUCCAGCUUCUGCUCGGAGUCUUCCGCGAACUAUGGAGCCGACUCCGCGUAUGGACUUCUCUACUUUGGCUAUGCCUGGUCUUCCACGGCCUACGAUGCUUCCGACGCCUCAGAUGACUCCCCAGUCCCAGGUCGCCUCCACUCCUGCUGCGAGUAUGGCGGCUUACAAUCCCAGACGACCCUCCAUCUGUACGGCUAUGUCUCAGGCGCAGAAUGCGUGCAUGGCGCGAUCGACUCUCGAUCAGCGCCCGCCUCUGUCAUUCUGCCCUCGGUCCCAGUCGUUCGAUGUGUACCCGGCUGCGGCUCGUCGGUCAUCUUUGGCUCGCUCAACCUCCUCGGCUUCAUCGCCCGACUCGAUGGUGUCGGACGUGUCUACUCUGUCGUCCCGCUCUUCGCGGUCGUCAUCAGUCUCGUCCAUCGCCUCGGGCACUGGUGGGUCAGCUCCGCCAAGUCUGGCCGUGAAGGCCACCUUGCGCUGCACGAGCAACUCACUCAAGGAGUCUCGGAAGACCCUGGCUAUUGCCUCUCCGAUUGAUGAGAGUUCAACGGUCGGUGUCUACAGUUCUCCUGAAUACCCCAGUUCCAUGGGCUCUUCGGUCCCCGAUCUGUCCAAGUUCUCGCUGGACACUAGCCUGAGCGAGGCUGCUCAGAGUCUCUGCCAACUUUCCGGUGCGACGCCCGAGCUGCGCCAGUGCCGGAAACGCGGACGUACUGGCUCGGACGAUCUUUUGCUCCAAAACCAUGUGCGCCACCUGAUCAACCUCGGGGCUUCUGGAGCGCAAUCCGUGUUGCCUGAUGGACAGCUCCCACGCUCGUUCAUGCCGCAGCACGAGCACUUCAUUUCCGCUACGCGGACUGGCCCAGUCUCCGGACCCGCAGGCAUGAAACGUGCCUGUUGUGGCAGCGAAGCACGCAAGAUUGCCUUGAACCCCGGCAUGCGCGUGGCGGAGUACUUGAAUUGA